CCGAGAGAGAAGAGAGAAUCAUGCUUGCACGGUGAGAGGUGAGUCAUCAUUCUUCAUCGGAAGCUGGUCGGCUAUCUCGUCUAAUGGAUUAGACUUUUCUGGCUCAUGCUUUUCCAUUGCUGUGUCUUUGCAUCACUUUGAGCUUGAUGGAAAGGCGAUACAAAGGAUAAAUCAUGGCAAAGAAUACACACAAGGGUAUUCAGUGUUAUGAAACAUAUCUUAUUAUGGACGAAUUAAAUUAUAAGUGGGAAGCUUACUGUAGAAGAAAGCUUACACCAGAAGUCAGCUUACAGAGGAAGGCAGCUUAUGGCGCAAGCCAGCUUACAGAGGAAGCAAGCUUAUAAGAGAAGCCAGCUUACGACGCAAGCCAGAAGGUCCAAGGCAUACGACGUAAGCCUCCACCCUCCUCCGCCUAUAAAUAGGGCCCAGAAGGUCCAAGGCGAGAACAACGGAUCUCCGGUCUCCUGCUUCUCCUCUUGUAGCAUGUACUUAAAUCCAGAAGAAAUAAAGCUUCCACUCGUUCAUACUUUCUGUGUUCCACAACUCUGUGUUUGGUUUGCUUGUGUGCUGAUCAAUAGAAUAGACUGGUUUCUCAACACGUUAUCAGCACGAGACUCUAUCGAGCUAAAAAGGUAAACAUGUGAGAAAUCAGUUUCUACUGAUCAUCUUGAUCUUUAUAUGCAAAUCAUUCUUCUGCUAUAGUUGAAAUAAGCAUAAGAACAUGGUACCUAAAGUACCAUCCCCCGAUAUCCUCUCAGCAAUACACGAUAACAUGAUGGCGGCUCUGCCGCUAUUAUCGUUCAAUUGCUAGAGUUGAUACAUCCUCUCAGCAACGCCCGGUAACAUGAUGGCGGCUCUGCCGCCGUUACCGUCCAAAGGCUUGAGAUGGUACAUCCCCUUAGCACUAUUUGAUAACACAAUGGCGGCUCUGCCGCCGUUAUCAUCUAAAUGCUAGAGGCGAUGUAGGUGCCUGAAGCACCGGCAUGGCAACUUAAUGGACGGCCCUGAAGUGUCGUUAUGGAUGUCCUUUGUUUUAUGGACAUCACCCAUAUGGGCCCUUGAUGCCGCUAAGGUCGGCUCUGUCGCCAUGAAGCGUGGGCUCUUAGUGGGGAAGUACUAUAUGGUUUAUCUUACUUUUAUACAGUCUGCACAAUAUGCAUGAAGUGCCCAUGUAUGCUCUUCAUUUUUUUUACAUGCUUACUUUGCUAUUUGCAUGACUUUCAUAACAUUAAUUUUAUUGUUAUGAAAUUGAUUUCCUAGCAUGAUUGAUAAUAGUUAAUCAAGCAAUCUGUAAUCCUGAAGAUUACUUAAGUUAAUUUGCUAGGAAAGAUUCUAUGGGAAACUGUGUGAUAAUCCUGAAGAUUACGCAUGACCAAUUCAUGUCGACCCUGCACAUCGUAUUUACCUGUCGUAAAUACUAAAUGAUGUUGCAGAACAUGUCGGACAUAGCAAAGAAGGAAUUCGCCGAGCUUGCCUUGGAUGGUAGUAACUACCUCACUUGGGCAUUGGACGUUGAGAUUAAACUCGACUCCAUGGGUCUCGGUCAUACUAUUGUGCUGCCCGAAGUUGGCACUGUGGAGUCUACGAAGGCCGAGAAAGCAAAGGCAUUGCAUUUCUUGCGCCACCAUCUCCACCCAGACCUGAAGUUUGAGUAUAUGACCGAGAAAGAUCCACUGGUAUUUUGGCAAUUCCUGAAGGAUCGCUUUGACCAGCAAGGGUCAAUUGUGCUCCCAAAGGCACAACAUGACUGGAUCACCCUACGCUUCCAAGACUACAUGUCUGUGGCGGCGUAUAAUUCUGCCCUCCAUAGGAUCAUUUCUCAGUUGCGUUUAUGUGGCCUGAAGAUCCCUGACGCUGAGAUGAUCGAGAAAACCUUAUCUACCUUUCAUCACAACAAUAUAGUGCUACAACAGCAAUACAGGAACUCAAAGUACCCGAAGUACUCUGAUCUUAUCUUAGUCCUGUUAGUUGCAGAAAGGCAGAAUGAGGUUCUUCUAAAGAAUCAUUCUGCUAGACCCACUGGGUCUAUGGCAGUGCCUGAAGCACACGCCAAUGUUGUUGGAAACUCGCGUGGCCAUAAAAGAGGCCAUGGUGAGAAGAAAGGGAAACGUAAGGGAAGUAUCAUAUUCAAGGGCAAGAGUAAGGGUAAACCCAGAGGUAAAGGCGAACUCAAGAAGGUUACAGGUGAAUCAUCUGGGGAAAAGCAGGAUAACUGCUAUAGAUGUGGAGGCAGAGGGCAUUGGUCCCGUAACUGCCAUGUCCCCAAGCACCUGGUUGAGCUCUACCAACAAAGCAUGAAUGAGAAAAAGAGCCAACAUGAGUCCCACUUCACCAUUGAGCCUGAAGCUCAGAUUGAAAAGCAUGAUGACAUGCUUAUCAAUGUUAAGGAUGGUGGGGACGUCCGUAUGGACGAUGAUUGGGACAACCUUCUUGAAAAAGAUGAUGACAUAUUUGGAGGCUUGAAGUAAUCUCCUAUAUGUCAGUCAUAUGCAGUAGAACUUUGGUCAUGAAUAAUGCUCCUGAAGAGCACGCUUAGUCUUUUACUGGGCCUGAAGUCCUUGUAAUGUUUCCCUUAAUAGAAUCAACUUACUCCAUGUUUAAUUUCAUUUAUGUUUAUGUUCCAUAAACAGACUUGGGUGGGAAUCCCAUGGCAGAAGAGGAUAUAUGUCUAGUAGACAGUGCCACCACUAAUACAAUCUUAAGGGAAACUAGAUAUUUCCACACCUUAACUAAGAAAACUGGAAAUAUUAUUACCAUUGCCGGAAGUAAUACUCAUAUAGUAGGCACCAGAAGUGCUACUCUAGUUCUCCCUAUGGGUACCUAUAUCUUUGUAAAGGAUGCUCUAUUGUAUCCUGAUUCAAAGCGUACCCUCUUAAGCUUUAA